GCGUUUGAGCUUAUCUCAUAAUCCGCGUUCUUUAAUGAUCCGUGCUGGACACACUCUCUUCGUCCCCCUCAACAAAGAUCACCACGACACCAGUUAGAAGCCAACUGCAGUUGUCUGUUGUGAUAGGCGAGCGCUUGAGGUUCCAAAUCCCUGUUCUUUCGAGUCCAACUCGAAUUCGAUCAUCUUCAUUUCGCUUCUGCCAAUAGAAGAAUCAUUCGUUCAUAUCCGAUGGACAUCGCCAGGAAGCCCAUGCAAUCUGUGUGGAGAACGGCCCUCCGACUCGCGCGGAGCAGGAGCAUGAGUGCUGCUCCAGAGAAGAUCGUUUCUUCUUCCUCCGAGGAUCUUAUCAGAAUGGAACAGCAGCACAGUGCUCACAACUACCAUCCAAUUCCUAUGGUAUUUUCUCAAGCUAAGGGCACUUCUAUAUGGGAUCCUGAAGGAAACAAAUACAUUGAUUUUCUCUCAGCAUACUCAGCUGUUAAUCAGGGGCAUUGCCAUCCGAAAGUUACGAAGGCCCUAGUGGAGCAGGCUCAAAGGCUAACUCUCAGUUCUAGGGCAUUUUAUAAUGAUAAAUUUCCAAUAUUUGCGGAGUUCGUGACUAGUCUAUUUGGAUAUGAUAUGGUGCUGCCUAUGAAUACAGGUGCUGAAGGUGUGGAAACUGCAUUGAAGUUGGCACGGAAAUGGGGUUAUGAUAAGAAAAAAAUUCCGAAGGAUGAGGCUAUUGUAGUCUCUUGUUGUGGAUGCUUUCAUGGUCGGACAUUGGGUGCAAUAUCAAUGAGCUGUGACAAUGAUGCAACUCGUGGUUUUGGUCCCUUGGUUCCUGGUCAGCUCAAGGUUGAUUUUGGUAAUGCCAAUGCUCUAGAGAAAGCAUUUAAAGAGCAUGGAGAUCGGAUAUGUGGAUUUUUGUUUGAACCCAUUCAAGGGGAAGCGGGAGUUAUACUUCCACCUGAUGGAUAUUUAAAGGCUGUGAGAGAUCUCUGUUCUCGGCACAACAUUUUAAUGAUUGCUGAUGAAAUUCAAACUGGCAUAGCACGCACUGGAAAAAUGCUUGCUUGUGACUGGGAGAAUGUUCGACCUGAUGUUGUUAUCUUAGGGAAGGCAUUAGGUGCUGGAGUAGUACCUGUUAGUGCUGUUCUUUCGGACAAGGAUGUUAUGCUUUGCAUCAGACCAGGAGAACAUGGAAGCACAUUUGGUGGAAAUCCUUUGUCAAGUGCUGUUGCAAUUGCUGCAUUGGAGGUUAUUGUGGAAGAAAGGCUUAUAGAAAGGGCUGCUGAUCUAGGUCAAGAAUUUAGGAAUCAGUUAAUGAGGGUUCAACAGCAAUUUCCGCAAAUUAUUAAAGAAGUUCGUGGGAGAGGCUUGCUCAAUGCAAUAGACCUUACAAGCGAAGCCCUUUCUCCUGUGUCUGCUUAUGACUUGUGCCUUAAACUGAAGGAAAGAGGCAUCCUUGCGAAGCCUACGCACGACACCAUAAUUCGUCUUGCUCCUCCACUCUGUAUUAGUCGUGAAGAGCUCAGUGAAGCAUCAAUGGCUUUGAAAGAUGUCCUGGAGAUUGAUCUACCAAAGAUGCAGAAGCAAAAGCCAAAUAUUGUCGAUUCAUCGACUACUAAGCAAGCUUGUUACAGGUGCCAGCGGCUAAGAUAAGAUCCCGGUGAUAAGCUGCCGGCGGCUAAGGUAAGAUCUUGGUGGUAUGGUUGUCUGUUUGGUUCAAUGAGCACAAAGGUAGUUUUUGGGCUCAAAGUCUUGCUAAUUAUAUAUGCAAACUGUGUGAAGUCAAAUUAUACAAUAAUAUGGAGUCUCAGAUACUUUUUAGUGUGCAGAUACUUCUAUAUAGAGUUUGCCAAAGUUAUUGAGAUUUAACUAGCCUUUGUAGUUUAUAUAAUUAAGAAAUGAUUAAAGCUUUCUUGUUUUCAAAUUUUAA